CUGCCCUCCCGCGCCGUCAGGCAUCGGGUAGUGUCGUCAUGGUAUCUCAUCCGAGAAAGCCCAGCUACUAAACUUGCGAGUGAGCGAAACCCUAAGACAACCAUAUAUAUAUAUAAUUGGGAAGAGAUUCGGAAAUAGGGUUAUCGAGAUCGAGAUCCAGAUUCAAGGCUUUCCUAUACUUUGUUGUGCCGACGAUGGGCCGAGGUCGCAAGAACAAGAAGGCGGACAGGAAGAAGUUGCCGGUCGCGCUGGGGGAUGAUGAUGAUCAGGAUUGUUUCCCCGAAAAAAAAAUUGAUGAUCAGAAUUGGAGAGGUAAGAACUUUUACCUGAGGUGUUUGCGUACUGCUCGGAUUUGGGGAAUUGAGGCUUUCAAGCUUAUCGAUGGAAACCAGUUCGACGGAAAAGUGGCCGAUAGGUUUGGUGAGUUUGAAUAUCUAUUGCCAACUGUUGUCUGUGAUUGGGAUUACUUCAAACAUAAGUUCCCACUAGAAAUGGGGGUCUUCACGUUUGAUGGUAAAGCAUACAUGGUCGGCGGAGAAACUACUGGGGACUUACGUCCGGAAUUCCUUUCUGAAAAUAUGCAUCCUUGGGAGAAAUGGGUUGAACCAAGUGACAAAGUCUAUGAAUUUCUUAAUCCUCCGGAUUUUACCCUCCACGAGCUCCCAGCUUAUCUUCGUUUGCCCAGCCCUAUGCCGUCUCCGAUAGUUGCAAAGAUUGAUGGCAGCGUAUAUGUCCUCUAUGGAGAUCAUUGCUACAAUAAGGCUGCAAUGCCGAGUGACUCCACCCACUGCUUUGUGGUUUUGGAAAAGGAUGAUGGCAGACCUAUCGAUCAGUGCCGUUGGAGGCCACUUCCCACUCCUCCCUUCUACCAGAAAGGCACCCCUGACUAUUCUAGAUGCAGUGGUUGCUACAAGUUCAAGCUGGGUGUCAUUGGCCACAAGCUUUAUGUAUCUGCAGGCACUCGUGGAUAUGCCUUUGAUGCUCUUACUGGAGAGUGGGAAUUGGAGGAGUUUGGGUAUCCACUAGGCUCUGAAUCCUUGUCGUCAAUGUUGAAACUCAAAGUAGACGUGGGUUGUGGCCAGAAACUGCAAAAGGAUUGUUUUGUCGUCGUGGGUGCUGAGUGCUUCGAAGGCGAAAUUGAAGACGCUGGUGCCUUUGUUGCAUUGGUUGAUUGCAAGACAGGCUAUGAAUUGCACAAGCAGCUACUCCCUGAAGCAUAUGAUGUGCGUCUUCCGGUCUCUGCUUUCCAAGUGAUUGAACUACAAGAGGAGCAUGAUGAUGACCGCCAAUUGAGUAGCACAUUCUGUUUAGUUUACACCACAGGCAAUCAGCUUGUAGGGCUUACAGUUUUGAGAUUCUCUUUGCCACCAGCAUCAGCAUCAUCUCUACCUCUUACAGUGGCGACGAAGGCAUCUAAGAAGGCAUCUAAACAGAAGGUUGCAACAUCAUCAAUGAAUGGGAAAGCUGGUGGUGGUAUUCACUUGAAUGUUGAAGUUCUGGAAAAGCGCCUCUAUAUAGAUUCAGAUCCUAGUUUCUACCCUGCCGAUUUUCAUGCCUUCUUCCUCUAGGUAACUCUUUUUGCCCGUCAAACUCCCCCAGCUUUCUUCUGAUUGAUUGUUGUAUUUGAUUUAUUGUCGUUUCUUUGUUAAAUUUGGAUGAAUCUUCUAUAUUUUCCUAUCAAGCCCAGUUUGCUUUUACAAGUGUAUUGUUUUAAUGAGAGUUGAACUCGGAAGUUUCAGCCGAUUUUAUAUCCGACUUACUAAGCACUCAAAAACAAAUAUUUGUUUUUGCAUAGAGGACACAAUAUGUAUGGGAUUCCUUGUGAUGGAUGAGCAGAUUGUCAUGGAUAAUGGAUUGAAUGUCCGAGUCAAGAAUGUGGUUACUUGUGAAAGGUGAAUUUGCAAAUUCGAGUUUGGUCUAAUAUUUUAUGUACUGUAAGUAAUACUGUUACCUAUGUGACCUUACUGAUCUCUUUGGCUCAUCAAUAAAGGUGUCCCACCAACUUCUUUCAUAUUCUGUUUCCUUCCAGUCCUGUUUUCUUCUGCUUUUCUUAUGAUGCUUUCAGUGUUUCAAGCUCAUAGACAGAGUUCAUUCCCUAUAACUAUUUGCUUAAUCUUGGUAUUUGUCUUCUGUGCUAACCAACAUUGCCGCCUUUCUUGUUCCUCUACAUCCUUCUCAUCAUUGUUUCAGCACUUCUUUCAGAAUACAUCAUUGAUACGACACCGGUCUCUGAAGAAUUCAUGCUUAAUUUGAAUAGACACCAAACUGAGUGGGAAGGCUGGAUCGAAACAGCUCCUAUGCAUACUAUUUAUUUUCACUUAAGAGAUCUUAAGUUUUGUUGGGUAACAAUUUGUCUCCCUAUGAUGAUAGGUGCUGCUGCAACGGAAAUUUAUCUCAAGCUCCAGUGGUGGAGACAUCGUGGUGGAGGAGACAUCUAUGAUCUAACAGGAGGAGGGAGGGAACCUAGCUUCUACCCUGCCGAUUUUCAUGCUUUCUCCCUUUAGGUUGACGUUGGUUGUUGAACUUGCUUUAUUGUUAUUUCUCUGGCAAAUUUGGAUGAAUUUGUUAUCUACACCAAACAAUUUAUCAGUUUCGGUUGAUGUCGUUCUCUCUGGUAAACUUGGAUGAAUGUACUAUCUGCACUUAGGUAACCUAAUUCGCCUAUCCACCCUCCACGAUCCCGCUCUAGAUCGCUAAACGCGAUUUUUGGGGAGUUCGUGAAAAAUUCGCGAACUACUUUUUGAGAGUGCGUUUUCAGAAUUUGGGAGCGCGAUCUCUCGUGGAACACAGAUUGAGACAAGAAUCCGAAGAAAAAGAAAGAGAUGAAGGCGAAAUUCAAGCAGAUCUCUGAAACGUAGCACGUGUUGAGAGAUCCUCAGAAGAUGCGGAUCUGUAAUCUGUACGGGGAGAAAGGGCUGAAGACGUUUGAUUUCCCUCCUCACGACGAUACUCUGUCUGAGGAUUCGAAAUUUAGGUUCAAUCUCCAUGAUGUUAAGGGUGUAGUCGCAAGCGAUUCUUUGGUGGCUCUUGUGGCGCAGGUGGCGGGGAGCUUGGUGGAGACGGCGGGGAAGGUGGGAGUGUCUAGUGGAAGUGGGAAUUUGUAGGAUAAUGGUUGGACGACUCUCUAUUUUGGCCUUUUGGGGAGGAUUCUGGGUAUAUGAGAUUGAGAGGAGAGGAAGCAGAUUCACUGCUCCCCAACUAUCUAGAGAAUGGGUUUCUAGUGGGGACGUAGGGUUAGUAGGUGGAGAUUUCAAAAUGGGCCACUUGGUUAGGGCUUAGGAGUGGGCUUGUUUGCGUAUGGACUACGAUAAGAAUUGGGGCAAGGUUGUUUAGUUUUAAGUUUUGGGAUUGAAGUUUGUUUGUCCGAAUUUUCACUUUUAUGGUUUUGAGUAUUAACAAAUUUAAGAUAUAAAUAUAAUAAUAAUAUAAUAAUGACGCUCUCUUAACGCUCUAAAUAUUGAAUUCGCCUAAAUAUGACGCCUCCCGUUUCCACUCUCGCUCCCGCUUCACGAAUUGGCUACCUAAAUAUGCACCGAUCAAUAUAUCAAUGUCGGGUAAUUGAUCAAAAUGGUCACACAGUUUGACCAAGUAACAAAAUGGUCACAAACGUUUAAAUCUUUACAAAAAGGUCAUGCAAGUAUCAUGUUGUAACAAAACAGCUAUUCCAUGCAUAUCCAUUGCUAGUUUGCUUGCUCUAAAUAAGAAGCAAUUUCACAGGUUGGUUAAGUGGUUGAUAUUUUGUUAUCAAUUUUGCACUGUUGAAUGAAAAUACCACUAAAAAGAGAUAAAAUGAUUGUUUUGUUAUAUCAUGAUACGUAUAUGACAUUUUUAUCGUUUUAAACAUUUGUGACUAUAGUACUCGACUGAUAUAAGGUUUGUCCGAGAUGAUAGGGCUUCGAUUCCUGGCUUAGUAAUUUUAAGCUUAUUUCAGUUAUUGUAUUUUUAGCAGCUUCUCCACAUCAGACAGGGCCCAGCUUUUGGGCUCUAGUCCCACUUGAGGAGGGACCUCAUAUAGUCCUUCUUCCAUAUUCUGAAAAUAUUUGAAAAUGCAAUAAGAAUACAAUGCAUGUAGUAGUUGAAAUGUUGGAUGUUAUGAGACCUAUUAAUAUAUUAAUAUAUGUAGUAUUUGGUUGUUAUGAGAUAUAUAAGAGUUUGAACUUUGUCUUUGUUUCAUUAAAAAAAGUUAAUUUAGUUUAUAUUAAAAAAUUAUAUCUUUUCUCGAUUUGUUUACAGAUUGCUUCGUAUAUCUUCAAAAAAAUCACAUUUUUGUAUUUAUAAUCGGUUAAAUUUGUCUAAUUUAUUUUAUUAUUAGACAGUAUUUGAAUUUGUGAAUUAUGAAAUUGGCAAAUAUAUUUUGUAUGAAACACAUGGUUUUAUCAUGAGUUUAGAAGAGAUAAGUUAUUAUUUUUGUGAUUUUGAUACAAUUUUAAGUGGGCUAUAUAUAAAAAUUUUAUAAAUUAUUUUUAUGUAAUUAAAAAUUUCUCAUAUAUUUUUAUAUAAUAUUUGGAAAAAAAAUCACGCUCCCCUAACCAAGUACCCUGGCUCCGUCUCUGCUCCACCUUUUUCGUUCUUGCGUUGGUGUUGGUCCAUUAGCCAUUUCCUAGGUUGCUCGGGUUUGACUUUGUGUGUUGCAUCUAGUGGCAGGAAUGAUUCUAGGGGAGUGGUUUACGACUAGGUUUGGGGAAUCAUGUCCAUUGUUGGGCUCUGUUGUCUUGGGCUUCCUGUCCAAGUAGAGUAUUGUUUGUGGGGCCUAUGGACAUUUUUUCUUUUCUAUAUUGUACUAUGGUGCCGCAGUAAAAUGUGCGGCACCGGUGACGCUGAUUUUUAUUAGGCCACGUGGAACUGAUGUGGCAUUCCUAUAGUUCUAGAACCCGGGCCAAAUCUAACUUCCCAUUAGAACUUGGUUGAACCAGUACUUGACCAAACAGACGGAAUUCUUUCCGUUGCUUUUUUUUUUCUCACUUCGCUAUCUUCCCAAAUUAUUUCGUUCAGUUUUAUUCGUUAUUUUUUUUCUCCAGAAACCUAGGAAAAGAAUCACGAAGGAAAAGUGAAACAGUUUGGCAUCGAUCUCCUUCUCCGGCAGACUCUAUAGAAGGAUCUUUGUCAUCGAUUCAGUCUCAGGAUCUUUGCAACAUCGCCAAGGAGAUUAUUCUCUGUUUCCUCCAUUCUUUCUUUAAAACAAAAGCAAAAAAAUCCGGACCGUCCCUCUGUAUCCGUCGAACAGCGUCGUCGCCGUAGUACCAGUCGAGUCCUCCUCAACGAACAGCGUCGUCGCCAUAGAACCAGUCGAGCCCUCCUCAACAAAGAGGAGGGUCGACCACCCUCUACGUCGUCCCUCUCCAUCUGUUUCGUCUUUUAUUGAAUCGUCGAAACCAAGCUCCUGGAGGUGCGGCGGAGUAGCUUUUCCCAACUAAUCAAAAAGCUUCCAUGUAAUGAUUCUUCAUAUGAUAUUCUUGUAUUCUUUGACAGGUGGUAAAGUUUUUGUUUAUCUUUGAAGUUUUGUUUGAAAUAGAGAGGGGAGACGAUAGAGUUAACACACCUGCAACCUGAAUGAAAAUGUAUGCCUCUCUACAUAUUAUAUUAGGAUUACAUUAUUGUUUUAUAGUGAAGUAAUAAGUUAAUUUUGUUUGCAGGAUCAGAAGAACCCUCUUUAGCUCAUGGAAGAUGAUCCUCAGAAUGACAUACUUAAUCAUGAAGCAGCAGUGUCCGAAGGCUUCCCAGUUCCCACUCAGAGUUAUUUAGCAGCAAGUCGUGUCAUUAAAGAACUGUAUCUUUA